GUCAAGCUAGAGUCCGCAAAGAAAAGCUCGCAAGAAUUCAGGCGGUUUUGGCUUUGGCUGCUCAUUGCCCAAGAAGGAAGUUGUACGCAAAGAGCAAAGAGAUUGAUUCAAGCAAAACCUGCAGUGCUUCCACCUUGGCUUGCCCUGCCGUGCCCUGCCCUAUUGCCAAACACUUUCUUUUCCCCUUUCUCUCUGUUGGACUUUGUUGAGUACGAGUACUCGGUACCGCUAUCUACUAUCUAGCUAGCUACUGGUAGCACUGAUCCCAGCUUGCUCAUUCAUUCAUUCAUUCAUUGAUCUGAUUGCACUAUUAAUAUCAGGUAGCUAGAUUGUACAGUAUACCCAACUUUCAAGGCUUUCAAGGCUUUCAUACAUAUCGGUACCGGUAGCUAACUACAGUAAGAUAUUGAACAUACCAUGGUGGUAUCUGACCAGAAUGGCAAGAGCGACGGCGAAGUCAGGGCAUCGAAAGAAGAGCAAGCAUUGGAAGAACCAACGACGACAGCAGCGGAUGACUCGGAGGUAGAUGUUGACUUGAUUGCAGACUUGAUGAUGGAAUCAGGUGGGAUGAACAUGAAUAAUAGCCAAGUGGUGGUAGCGGAUGCGGUCGAAGAAGAAGAAGCAGCCAUGGUGGCAAUAAGCAUGAUCAAGGACGGAGCCGACGAGCACUACAACAACAUGUACCAGUACCACCAAGACACGAUCAGUGAAACCAAGUUACGCUUGGUACAUCCUGCACAAGGCAAGCUCCUCACCGUGGACGAACCAGCACCAGAUGUGGAAUUCUCACGUGCCGUUCUAGUGCCUCCCUGUGUGCGCGGAGUGCAAAAGGGUCAAGAACUAGCCGAGGACAUUCAGCCAAUUCCAGGAGAUGACGAUGAACAAGACGAGGAGAGCCCACGACCUCCCGAGCGUCGUGUGGGGGCUCAUGCCGUGCAAACGUACCGGGCCGACAUGGUCCGUACUACGAAUGCUGCUACUACCGCUAAUGCGGUCACUGCUCUAGUAGAACAAGAAGGCUCUCCGGUCGUUGUGGACCAUCACGCAGUCAUCAAUAGUAGUCAUUUGAUAGAAGCACAGUUGGUGGAAACAACAACAGGAGCGGAUGACAGUGAGCUAGUUGUAGCAGAGAGAAUGGACGAAGUGCCCAAGCCGCAAGAAGAAGAAGACACCACCGCUCCCCGCAGGCCCCCGUAUGUGCCACUGGCCGCGGCGAUCAUUGUUCUACUCUUGGUGGCUAUCAUUGUCCUGCUCGCUGUGCAAAACAAGGCAAGUGUCGACGUCGACGAAGAAGAGGGAAUGAUGGCUUCUACUACAAUGGGCAGCAACCAGCAUCAUGAUAGUAGUAUGGACAGUGACCACAAUAGCGGACCCCAUCUUGACACUGCCUCUACUACGGAAACUGGUCAAUAUUUUCAUUGCGUCCAUUCGGUCGAAGAACUACGAGAGACCGUGGAUAAAUACUACCUGGACGACAGCCCUGAUUCCCACGCCGCCGAACGCUUUGGCUGGCCCAUGGGCAAGUGGUGUAUCCGAUACGUACGAGACUUGUCCCGUGUCUUUCAAACGGACCGAUCCCGAAGCUCGGAAGUCACAGCUCACGAAAGUGAUGCCAUUCGGGAAAUGGCACAAGACUUUGUCGUUGACCUGGGUGGUUGGGGCGUCUCCAAAGUGGCAGGAAUGGAGCAAGUCUUUCGUGGAGUACAAACCAUGUCAUCUGAAUGGGGGAUUCACAAAUGGAAUGUGGCACGAGUCACUACCUUUCAAGGACUCUUUAUGGAUACGGUCUGGUUGCCAGAACAACCACAAGACGCUUCGCACGACUUCCUCUCGUCUUGGGAUACCCAGUCUCUAACGAACUUGGACAGUACCUUUCAACGAGCUACGAGUUUUGAUCAAUCCAUUGGAUCCUGGAACGUUUCCAGUGUCAAGACGCUCCAGAAUGCCUUUCAAGGAGCCAGCGCAUUCAACCAGGAUUUGUCGAGUUGGGAUGUGUCUAGCAUGGAGUCGCUUCAAGGAGCAUUCCAAGGAGCCUCCUCCUUUCAGCAAGACCUAUGUGCAUGGGCGAGUCUUCUUCCCAUGGAUGCAAACACCACUGGCAUGUUUGAGGGAACCGCUUGCCCCAACACAUCCGAUCCAAUACUAUCCCAGGGAGGUCCAUUUUGCUUCAAUUGUCAAUAA